AUGGAGGUCUAUUUGGAUGCAACUGAGUGUUACUUGAAGAAUUCACUCUGUUUUUACCCGAGUCUUAACAUCUUUGUUUCUUGGAGUGUUCUUGUUGGGGCCCAUGUUGGAUAUAUUGUUUUGGUAAUUAUUCUAAGAAAAUGGAUGCAACGCCGGGCAGCUCUAAAUAUGAAUAAAAUAAUGAUGAUCUACAAUGUUACUCAGAUUUAUAUUUCGGCUAUCAUGGCAAUUUCUCUUGCACCACAUCUUAAAAAGGGUUUAUUCAAUCUUAACGGUCGUUUUUCCGCUAAUAUUGAAUUUUGGAUAUUCGUUCAUUACUGUAGCAAGUUUUUGGACAUGUUUGAUACAGUAUUAAUGAUUUUUAGAAAAAAGAAUGAACAACUCUCAUUUCUUCACAUUUAUCAUCACGCCACAAUUGGGUUUAUCUGGGGCCUUCUUUUAAGGAACGGCAUUGGUAAUGGGACCGCUUUCUUUGGAGCAUGGGUGAAUUCAGCCGUUCACUUCUUAAUGUAUUCCCAUUAUCUAUGGACAUCUUUGGGUUUUAGAAAUCCCUUAAAAUCUAUUCUUACUAAGAUCCAAAUGUUUCAAUUUUUCUUGUGUAUUGUGCAGGCCUCGUUGGCUCCUUUUUUUGACAAUCAGUUUGCCUUACAGUGGUCUUUUCUCCAACUAACAUACCAUAUAACUUUGUUUAUCCUUUUCCUAGACUUUCAUAGGAAAUCGGGGAAGAAAAAGGGGUUACGGAAUUUGAAGCAAACGGAGUAG